GUCGGAACUAAAAUCACAUAUUCUAGAUUGUGACGACCACUUUUACGGUGACACACAGACGUCAUUGGCUUAAUAAUAGCGACAGUCCUCUUUGGUGAGUUACAAUGGCAGCAGGAGGGACAGGAGUUGAUCUCACCAGGAAGUUUGUUUCAGAAGCAGAGCUUGAUGAGAGGAGGAAAAAAAGACAGGAAGAGUGGGAAAAAGUGAGGAAGCCGGAUGACCCGGAGAAAGCCCCGGAGGAAGAGUAUGAUCCGCGUUCGCUCUAUGAACGUCUGCAGGAGCAGAGAGACAAAAAACAAGAGGAAUUUGAGGAGCAAUUCAAAUUCAAGAACAUGGUGAGGGGAUUGGACGACGAUGAGACCAGCUUCCUGGACGAGGUUUCCCGGCAACAGAGCUUGGUGGAGAAGCAACGCAGGGAUGAAGAGAAACAGGAACUAUUGGAAUACAGAAGUGCAAUCGCAAAGCAAGUGUCCCCUGACAGCCGCCCGGAGCCAGAGAAGAAGGCAACACCUAAACAUUCAGUGGUGGAGCAAAAGACCAGCCACUUGUCUCAGGCCCAUUUACUGGUUGGAGCUGUCAAAAGACGCAAUUCUUCACAGUCAUCAGACAGCAGUAAGAAACAGAAGGUGGAAAGCCCAGCAACAGGAAAUGGAGACAGACACACAGAGCAGGAGGGAGGAGGAGGAGGAGGAAUGUCAGGGGGAGCUGAAAACCAACAAAGCGUCCCAGGCCUGAUGCCCAAGAACCCUUCACCUCACCUUAACUCCAGUCAAGGUGUGCUUCACCUGCCCCCAGCGGCAGUGUGCAUCGGCGUCUUACCAGGACUCUGCAAUUAUUCUGGCAGCAGCGACUCUGACAGCAGCUCGGACAGCGAAGGUAGCGUGGACGUAAUCAUGUCGCCGUAUCCAAGGCACAGCAGAGCCUACAGAUAGUCUGAUAUAUAUAUAUAUACACAGUCACACGCGCACCGAAGAUGCUGAUAAUCUGACACAUGCAACCAAGUAUACCAUGGCACAUGUUCUCACAAGAGUUGAAUAGGGAAAACUAUGCUGUAGAAAUACCCGGCGUUAAUGCGACACAGCACAAUGAGUCCUGCAACAAAACUACACAAACAUUGUGUGCUAUAAAAGUGUAAUACUUGGACACAUUUAUGUAGCUUUUAGUACCAUUAUGACAGUUUCUCUCAAUUAUUUUCUCAUGCCUCCAAAGGUUACGGAAAUGUUUUCACCCCCCCAAUUUGAAAUACUAUUCAGCACCUGUAAUAUUAUAUUCUUUAUCUGUACGAACCACAGUAUGAGUUUCUGGCUCCAGCGUGGUUGAAGCAUGAAUAGACACUAACAGACCUGCCAACCUUGAAGAAAUUUGAUGAGAAUAGCCCCCCCCCAAAAUUCAGUCUCAACCCUCUUUGUGGUGUAAGGGAAAAAAAAAAAGUGUUUUAAAAUCCUUGUCAAUUCUUGUAAGAACAUGCUAGAAGAAAGCUUUUUAGUUUUUCCUAUUCUUUUCACAGCUGUGAUUAAAGCUGUUACACUUUGAACUGUCAUGGGACAACGCCGAGCAAAAGACUCCUAAUAAAUAGCAACAUGAAAACCAACCAUUUCAACUAGCUGUUUGUGCUUUUGCUGUUGUGGCACGCAAACAUAACGCUUCCUUCCCUCAAUCACGUC